CCGUUCCCCUCCCGCUAGGUGCCGCGGCGCAGGCGGGCGGUUGCCGUGCUCGGCGACCCCUUUCCGCAGCAGCCAGGAGCAGCAGGAGCCGCAGCCGCCUCCUGACAGGUUUCGCGCCUUUGCUUAUCGCGACCCUUCCGCGAAGGCAGCCCGAGUCAUGCUGCUCCUGGCAGUCGCCUUCAUCGUGACCUUCGUCCUCCUUCUCUACAUGGUGUCGCCGCUCAUCAGCCCCAAGCCUCUCAAGCUGCCAGGCGCUCAUGUCGUGGUAACUGGAGGCUCCAGUGGCAUUGGAAAAUGUAUUGCUAUUGAAUGUUACAAGCAAGGUGCUUUCAUAACGCUGAUUGCAAGGGAUGAGAACAAGCUGUUGCAGACAAAGAAGGAAAUAGAGAAGUAUUGUGUUAAUGACAAGCAGGUUGUGUUAUGUAUUUCUGUUGAUGUAUCUAAAGACUACGAACAGGUGGAGAAUGUUCUAAAACAGGCUCAAGAGAAGCUGGGGCCAGUUGACAUGCUUGUAAACUGUGCAGGAACAUCAGUUACAGGAAAAUUUGAGGACAUUGAAGUGAACUCUUUUGAAAGAUUAAUGGCAGUCAACUACCUGGGCAGUGUUUACCCAAGCCGAGCAGUGAUCGCUACCAUGAAGGAACGCAGAAUGGGGAGGAUUGUGUUUGUGUCGUCUCAGGCUGGGCAGUUAGGCCUCUUUGGUUAUACAGCUUAUUCUCCAACAAAGUUUGCCCUUCGAGGGUUGGCUGAAGCCCUGCAAAUGGAGGUAAAACCUUAUAAUAUCUACAUAACGGUGGCUUAUCCUCCAGAUACUGACACACCUGGCUUUGCAGAAGAAAGUAAAACAAAGCCCUUAGAGACGAAGCUGAUUUCUGAAACCUCCUCUGUUUGCCAAGCAGAACAAGUCGCCAGAGUUAUAGUCAGAGAUGCCAUACAAGGGAAUUUUAACAGCUCUGUUGGAUCAGAUGGUUACAUGCUAUCAAUACUGACAAGUGGAAUGUCACCAGUCACUUCUAUUACUGAAGGUCUUCAGCAGGUUGUUUGCAUGGGCAUUUUUCGCAUCAUUGGCCUAUUUUACCUUGGAAGUUUUGACAGCAUAGUUCGUCGCUGCAUGAUGCAAAGAGAAAAAUCUGACAGCACAGAUAAAACUGAGUAGUCUUUGCUUUGAGUUGAAAGAAGAAUGUCCAACAAUCCUGGACAGCGUGCUGCUUAAGUGUGGGACUCAGGUUUUUCUUCUGAAGGAUUUAGAGUGGAAGUACUUGGUAUACGCCAGAGACGGGUCCCCUAAAAAGCUAUGAAAGAAAACAAAGGUACAACUCCAGAAAAUGCCAAACUAUGCAAAAGUGUGAAUGAGGAUUAGAGAGAUUUUCUUCAUGUGCAUGUGUCAUUUGAGUUGGAGAGAGUUUGGGGAACUUGUAAAUGAUGUGCAGAGUAGAAUUUGAGAUGAACUGCGUGCGGUAAUUCUGGACAAAUGCUUAAGUUUUCUCACUUUGGUGCUUAUGGACAAACUAAGUACCAUGACAGAGUGGGCUGAAGUUGACUGAAGACCCCUGAACAAGGUGGUACCUUUUGCUAAUGUUUUGGGACCAUUUUUAAUUUAAGAGAGUUAACUUUUCCUUUGGCCAGUCUACAGAUCCUUCUGUCAGUGACAGUUUGCUUGCCUCUACACAAGAUGCAACUGUGGAAACCUUAAGGUGGCAGGUACAUUUGUACCAUCCAAGUUUUCUCAGGUUGGGAGUAAUUAAAAAGUAUGGUUUAAUAUUUGCAUGCUUUCAAAAGGGAGAUGAAGAACCCGUUCCCACAGAGAAAAUGCUAGGAGAGACGAUUGGGUCUGUAGCUCUUUUGGCCUUUGAAGUAUGUUGUGAGGGAAGAAAACCCACAAACCAAUACCAGGUAUGUUGAUCUUGACUUUCAGCAUUUUAAGCCAUUGAAAUAAUGUACAAUUUUUACAGAUACUUCUUCUUACCUGCCAGUUUUUGCUCUGGAAAGGAAAGUAGCUUCAUGCUACUGUUAAUGCACAUUACUUUUCAAAGCUGCAAAUGAUGAGCCAAACCAGUAGUUGAUGAUAGAACCAAUUCUAAUUAAAAUGCCAGGCUCUUCCAGUAGCAGGAAUGUAGCUUUUUGAGGCAGAGGGGUCGGGAGGGAGAAGGGUGUGUGUCGGAAUGGCAUUCCACUCUUAAUUUUACCACACAGUAAAGCUUUCACAUGAUAAAUCACUUAAAAUGCCCUCCCUCUAUGCCCUACUUGUAAUUUGUUUCAUUUAUACAUUAUACAAAACAAGGCUGCUCAAUAACUGCUUCCCCGUGGUUGUUUCUAAUAACUGUAACUUUACCACUGAAAAAGUGUGAUGCAUAACAAUGAUGUUUUAAGGGUGCACUAUAUAUAUAUAUGCUAUGUAAAGGACCACUAUAGCAAGUGCCUUGUGAGCUGCUUUUUGGUUUUGUUUUCUUUUUUUUUUUGUCAAAAGAUGCAUAUUUUGUGUUUGUCAGCAUUGCUGUGUUCUCAGUGUCAUAGUUUCCACUUUGAGUCAGUACUCUGAAUCUAAAAGUACUCAUAAAACCAGGUACUUUACUUCCUUUAAAGUAGUAUUUAAGAACAAAAUGGUCAAAAUUGAUUGCUCUUGUUCUGAUAUUCUUUAUACUAUUUUAAGAAAAGAGAUAUUCAGUUAAACUGAGAUUUAAAAUAAGAGUUAACUGUAGAACCUUUGAAGUGUAAUUUAUUGAGUCCAUUUAUUUCCCCCUUCUGAAAUCUGAUCACUUUCCAAAUUUUCUUCAGGUUGACUAAUCUUGCUUUAAUGCCUGGUUUACAAACAUAUUUUUGGAGGGAAGGUCACAUUGGUGCACUCAUUUUAAGUGGUUAGACUUGUGUUAGAUUACAAAUGCUGAGGCAUUGUUGAAUUCUUCACUAAGCCUGUGUUUUAAGACCUCCCUCCCGAUUUUGUUUAGAUCCAUGAAGCUGUGCAUGCCUAUAAUAUAAUACUGACUUUGAGAAUAGAGCCUAUUCCUGCAUUUUUAAACAACUAGGCUUCAGUGCAGAGACCUCCAGUGUGCAUAUGCUUCCUGUGCUGCUUAAUGUGAAUGGCAUACCAGACCAUUUAUCAUACAUCCACCGUCAACACGGUUAUGCUUAUUAAAGCAACAGGACAAUGCCAUUUGGACCCUAUUACCUACAUUUGUUCUUAUUUUGGUGCCAAUCAAAUGCUCUUGGACCACUUGCAAAAGGUACCAAAAUGGAUGAGUCCAAUGUGCUGUAGUUUGAAAGAAAUGCUUCUGUAAAUGGCUUGAGAUCAUCACAACCUCUCGAAGGUCAGGAUUUAAAACCAGUGAGAUGCUCUGGAUACUUGAAUUUUUGGAUCUUCAACUUGAAAUAUUAAAGGGUUUGCAUUCAGGAAAUGAUCUAGAAGGGUCUGAGCGCACAGAAGACACUGGCAGCUAAGCCUCUUGAAAAUAUUUCAAGUUGGACAUCCUACAUCACUAAUAACUUUCUUGUCUGAAGAGUCCUCCAAAUAGUGACUGAUAAAAUUCAGCACAAAUGUAUGUGAAGGAGGAGUAAGAAUAUCCCAUGAAAGCUGUGGCCCUGAUCAAGAGAUACUUCAGUUCACACUUGGCUUUGCAUAGUGUAAGUGGCUGUUUUGAUAGUAACAUUGUAGGUUGAAGCCCAUAGUAAUUGUGGAAAUUGGAACAAAGCUUUUUAAAGGAGCAAGUAAAGAAUAAUCUUUUCAGCUGUUCUAGUUUCUGCUGUUGUAAAUUAAUGCAGAUGACAUUAACUGAUGAACUUUUCAGCUGUUCUGUUGUCAAAACAUGGAAGCUGUCAACUGCAGCAACCUUUGGUGUGCAUUUUUUCUUGUUCACGUUCACUAUUUACCAGUGUAUUCAUUUUAAGGUCCAAUAUUAAGUGAAGGAGAUGCCUUGUAAUUCUGUGGAAGAAUGUUUAGCAGCCAAAAAAGCCAAUUUUGCCAGUUUAAAUGCUACAUCAAAAUGUUUCAGCAGAGUAUUAGAUCCGUGAACAACUUCACACAGGCUUUAUUACUUUGUUGGAUUGUCAGUAAUUUAACCACUUGUGCCAUAUCAGUCGGUGUCUUGUCUCUUGUUUUCUUGGUCAAUCUCUUAAGAUUCAUUUUGGGCUUUGAUAAGUCUCUUUCCAUCCUGUGUAAUUUCUAAUGACUGCUUUAAACACAGAUUUAUUGUAACUAUAUAUAGUUUACUUCACCAAGGUGUUCAUAUGUGCAAUUGAAAUAGAUUUAAUAUUUUACUAAUAAGAAAGAUAGAGGUAAAUAAACUUUAUUUGCUGUGAAAGGAAAAAACCCAACAAACAAAAACCAACAAACCAACCCUAGGCACUUUUGAAUGGUAAAAAAAUAGAGCAUUAUUUGUAAAAAGAAACUGCUUAUUGCUUUGUCAUUUUUUGUGCCAGAACUGUAAACUAGUUUUCAUAUUUUAUAUUUCUCAAAAUAAAUGGAGGAUCAACAAA